GGUGCCGAUCUCGGCCCUUGCGUCCUCGUGCCGCGACAGCAUCCCGAGGACGAUAUCUACGAUAUGGACCAACAACAACCGAUGCAGCAGCAACAACAAUAUCGUUCCCAUCGAUACAAUUACCACCAUCAUCACCACCACUAUCAUCACGCGAAUCAUCACCAUCACUACCAUCAUCGGCAUCAUCGUAGACAUCAUCGUUCCCCCUCGUUAGAGAACGACGAAGACGAGGACAACGAUCAGAACCACUCCGGUGCGGAGGACUCGUACACCAGCCCGAUCAGGCCGGAGCCCAGGUACAGGAUACCCAUCCGUGGGUCGCUCGACAAUGCACCGAUCGAUCCCCACCUGCUCUGCUGCCAGAUUUGGCGGUGGCCGGAUCUCACUCACUCGUCCGAGCUCAAGAGACUUCCUGUCUGUCAUUCCGCUAAAGACCCCGUAUACAUAUGCUGCAACCCUUACCAUUGGGGCCGGCUCUGCAAACCCGAGUCGCCGCCACCCCCGUACUGCCUUAUUGCCGACAGACUGAGACCCGAAGGUUUCAGGGUAUCGCUGUUUCCGUGGUCAACGUAGACCCGCUGACAAACAUUGAUCCGCUUGAUGGAAGUCGAUCGGCCUUUUGUGCACAUCAGGAAAAUUUCAAGCUUGUACUCUAAUUCAUGUGUGUCUGUUUGAUCAAUGUUUGGAACAAUUUAUACUAAAUUAAUUUUAUAUAUUUUUAAUUUCUUCGUAUUCCUGUUUAUUUAUAUAUCUUUUAUCUUUACACGCACUGAUGAAUGUUUACAUAAACAAAUUCAAGAGUACAAUAAUCUGUUGUAGCUACUCCAUUUGUAUUAUUUCUACAUUAAUAAUUUACUACGAAUAACGAAUACAAAAUGUUUUUAUCGUUAAAAACUCAAAUUUAUACUGUCCUUAUAAUUUUUACAAUUACCAAGCGAACCACGAAAAAAUAGGAUCGUGAUUCCCGAUAUUUUUAUGAAUCCUUUCCAAGGCUCAGUUUCCUGCGGCUGAUUUUGACUGACUGCUCCCUGUUUCAUUCUUUUCUCUUUUUAUGACUCAUUCUAAACUGGUUCUCGGCACUGUUGAGACCACGGCCGGAGAUCCUUCGGCCAUCGAUAGAUCCAUCCUGUGUUCUCCGCGCGCCGAUGACUCGUGCCGUUUGGAUCAUGUGUAGCUAGAGACUAGAAGCGGUAAAAGUUACUCGAACAAGAAUGGCUGUAUUCAUUCGUAGACGAGUUCGAUGUUUCAUGGAACGAUUACGCAAUAACCGCUAAUGAAGUGAAGUAAUCUACUUAUAUCGCGUGCCUUACAAAUCGGUGUCUCAAUUGCUUCGAAUUUCUAUUUAAAUUCCAUGAAUCGUUUAAAAAUUCUAAAAUUUGUCCUCUGAAGAACUCCAGAUUUUUCACUAUUUUAAUUGCAGAAUAAAAAACAUCGAAUUUUU